AUGGAGCACGAAGGAAUUCUCCUGGGCAUGGGAAAUCCUCUCCUCGACAUCUCCGCCGUGGUGGAUCAGGAAUUUCUGGACAAAUAUGAUCUUAAGCUGAACAAUGCGAUCCUGGCCGAGGAGAAGCACUUACCUAUGUAUGAAGAGAUGGCCUCCAAGUUCAAAGUGGAGUACAUUGCUGGAGGUGCUACUCAAAAUUCUAUCAGAGUUGCCCAGUGGAUGCUUCAAAUUCCUGGCGCAACAAGUUACAUGGGUUCCAUCGGGAAGGACAAGUUUGGAGAGGAGAUGAAGAAAAAUGCAACACAAGCUGGUGUUAAUGUUCAUUAUUAUGAGGACGACUCUCCUACUGGUACAUGUGGUGUAUGUGUGGUUGGUGGCGAAAGGUCCCUCGUUGCCAAUUUAUCAGCUGCAAAUUGCUACAAACCUGAUCACUUGAAGAAACCAGAAAACUGGGCUCUGGUGGAAAAGGCCAAAUUCUACUACAUUGCCGGAUUUUUCCUCACAGUUUCUCCAGAGUCUAUCUUGCAUGUCGCUGAGCAUGCAGUUGCUAACAACAAGGUUUUCUUGACAAACCUUUCUGCUCCAUUUAUCUGCGAGUUCUUCAAGGAUGUCCAAGAUAAAGUAUUCCCGUACAUGGACUAUGUUUUUGGAAAUGAAACUGAAGCAAGAGCUUUCUCCAAAGUUCACGGCUGGGAGACAGAUAAUGUUGAGGAAAUAGCUGUGAAAAUUUCCCAGUUGCCGAAGGCAUCCGGGACCCACAAGAGAAUCACUGUAAUUACACAGGGUGCAGACCCAGUUGUGGUUGCCGAGGAUGGAAAGGUGAAGUUGUUGCCCAUCAUCCCAUUACCAAAGGAGAAACUCGUUGAUACCAAUGGUGCAGGUGAUGCAUUUGUGGGUGGAUUUUUGUCGCAAUUGGUUGUGGGCAAGCCUAUCGAGGAAUGUGUGAGGGCAGGAUGUUACGCAGCUAAUGUUAUUAUUCAACGAUCCGGUUGCACUUACCCGGAGAAGCCCGAUUUCAAGUGGAGAGGUGCCUACAUGGAAGCAUAUAGAAGUAAAAGGAGUACAAUGAGCAUGAAAGAUGUUGAGAAAGAAGUUCAUAUAGUUUACGAAGCCGGUGGCAGCAACACCAAGUUUACGGACUUGCACGAAUUUGAAGAAGUUAUGCGAAAACAUCCCCGAUGGGAAUUAAACUUAUAUCAUGAUUCAACUCGUUCACGUCCUGAAGAUGAAGUGAGUAGUGAAGAAAGCCACGACCGUUCAAAAAGAUCGAGGACUACUGAAGAUAAAGAUUAUUCAGUUUCCUCAACUCCAGAAAUUUCAUUUACUGAUCGUUUGACAAUUCCCCAUCCCGAAGUCUCAUCCAAAACAAUCACGACCCCUGAUCUCGUUGCGCCCACGGCCACCGGUCUCGUCGGCCCAACUACAGCCGGUCUCGUCCAAACUGAACCAUCAAGAUGCUCGCUGCCGUGGAACUCCGCCACUGACCGCCGCCGCCACUGGCACUACCCACCGCCACAAUCGUCUAAGCCAACACCUCUGCCGGCGAUAGAGUCGGUCCCAGCGGUCGGCCGUCGGCUGCUUGGCCCUCGCCAAGUUAAUCGAGCCUCCCACGACCGGCUCAGGUGGCGGUCGGGGUGUGUUUCGACCGGGUGGGUGGUGCCUCAGUCGUUCGACGGUGUUGGUGUCGGACGGCUGGGGCUUCGUCGCGGUUCUCGGUCUUCCCCCCUGUACUCUAGCGUUGGGUCAGUAGGACCGGUGCUCAGUCUUCAGGGCAGUGGUGUUGGACGGGAUGGCGUGGUGGUGGGUGGAGGAUCGUAG